GCAACCAGUGUGGACUCAGUCUCCCCAGACUUCACGAGAACCCGUCAUGAGGCCCCCAACUCUCCUGCUGCUGCUCUCGGGGGCCCUGGCCCUGACAGAGACCUGGGCAGGCUCCCACUCCCUGAGGUAUUUCUCCACCGCGAUGUCCCGGCCCGGCCUCGGGGAGCCUCGGUACGUGGAGGUGGGCUACGUGGACGACACGCAGUUCGCGCGGUUCGACAGCGACUCCCCGGGCCAGAGGAUGGAGCCGCAGGCGCCCUGGAUGGUGCAGGAGGGGCAGGAGUACUGGGCGCGGGAGACGCGGAGAGCUAAGACCAACGCGCAGUCGAUUCGAGAGAACCUGCUCACCCUGCGCCGCUACUACAACCAGAGCGCGGCCGGCUCUCACACCCUCCAGUGGAUGUACGGCUGCGACGUGGGGCCCGACGGGCGCCUCCUCCGCGGGUACAGUCAGUCCGCCUAUGACGGCGCCGAUUACCUGGCCCUGAACCGGGACCUGCGCUCCUGGACCGCGGCGGACACGGCCGCCCAGAUCUCCCGGCGCAAAUUGGAGGCGGCGGGAUACGCGGAUCAGCUGAGGAACUACCUGGAGGGCACGUGCGUGGAGGGGCUUCGCAGAGACCUGGAGAACUGGAAGGAGACGCUGCAGCGCGUAGAUGCCCCAAAGACAUACGUGACCCACCACCCCAUCUCUGAGCAUGAGGUCACCCUGAGGUGCUGGGCCCUGGGCUUCUACCCUGCGCACAUCACCCUGACCUGGCAGCGAGAUGGGGAGGACCUGACCCAGGACACGGAGCUGGUGGAGACCAGGCCUGGGGGGGACGGAACCUUCCAGAAGUGGGCGGCUGUGGUGGUGCCUUCUGGAGAGGAGCAGAGAUACACGUGCCAUGUGCAGCAUGAGGGGCUGCUGGAACCCCGAAUCCUGACUUGGGUGCCCCCUCCUCAGUCCUCCGUCCCCACCACGGGCAUCAUUGCUGGCCUGGUUCUUGGAGCUGUGCUCACUGGAGUUGCACGUGCAGCUGUGAUGUGGAAGAAGAAGUGCUCAGGAGGACAAGGAGGAAGCUGCACUCAGGCUGCAGUGUGAGCCAGCUGCCUUGUGGGGGCUGAGUGAUGCAGGAUUUCUUCUCAUCCGCACUUUGUGACUUUAAGAUCUUCUGGUUUCGUUUGCUGCAAAGGGC